CCGUCGAAACCGGAUUAUUAUCAGAUUUUGGGCGUCGCGUUCGACUCGACGGAGGGCGAGAUUCGAAGAGCGUAUUUGAAGAGCGCGCUUCGAUUUCAUCCGGACAAGCACGGCGAUACGUUGGAGGCGAAGCGACGGUUUCAAGAGAUUGGUGAGGCGUAUCACGUGUUGAGCGACCCCGGGCGUAGGACGGAGUACGACGACGCGGCGGAGUAUUACGUCGACGACUUUGGCGUCGAGGAGUAUUUGUUGAGGUUCCGCACCUUUGUGCUCACGUCGCAAGGUUUGAGCAUC